AUGUAUAAAAUAACUAUAAUAACAGCAUUAUUUUUAUUGUCAACGGCAUAUCUGCUCACAAAGAGACAUCUUCAAAAGAGUAUCUCAAUACUAUUAUCGAUUUACAAUAUCACUGGAUUAGAAUAUAAAUCUUCAACCAACAACAUCAAUGCAAAUAAUAUUAAAUCGAAUCAUUUAAUAAACAAUACAAGUACAUCAACUUCCAACAUCAAGGAAGAAAGUGAAAAUAAUAAUAAUAUAAAUUCUCAUGCAACGACAACACAAAACAAUGUAAGUUUACAAGCUCAAAUAAGACAGAUCUUCUCUGGCAAAAGAGUAGUAUUCGCCGAAUUGUUGGCUCUUGUUUGGGUCUACAGUGUAUUAUUACUUUUGGUACCUUUAGACUCAACAACAACAACAACAACAACAACUUCAGAUAAAGAUCUGAGUAUUCGUAAGAGAGUUAUCUAUGGUUUACUCUCGGUCACUUCUUUCGGAUACUUGAUGCUUAAUGUUAGAAUGAGAACAGCAAAUCUGAGAGUACCGCCCCACAAACCUAUCGACCAAAUUGACAGUUUGAAAUUAACCAAUCUUUGUGAACAACUCAUCAACAGCCUUGCUUUCCCAGCAAUAACAACAAAUUACAAAUAUACAAUCACCUUCUCAAUCAUCUACACUAUCCUCUUCAUCACAUUACACUCAUCGAAUAACUAUAUAGUCAGAGCACCACCCAGUAAAUAA